AUACAGGUGGCAAGGUUAUCUACUUGGUUCCUUGCUCGUGAAGAAGAAUUUGAUUCAGGUGCAGUGUCCGAUUCAUCGUUUCUUCAAUCCUCAAUCUCUCUCUCAAUCAUAUGAGCGAAGCUGAGUGAGAAGAAAAAUGGCGUACAAAACCCUAGAUUCUGUUACCAGGGCAGACAUAGAAUCUCUGGGAAUAAACAAGGAAGACGCCGAGCGACUUUACGAGACUCUGAUCGGAAUCGUUGCUAAUUACGGAGCGGGCACUCCACAGACAUGGCACCACAUAUCCAAACGCCUUCUUAACCCUACACUUCCCUUCUCCUUCCAUCAGAUGAUGUAUUAUGGCUGCUAUAAAAACUUUGGCCCCGACCCUCCGGCUUGGAUACCCGACCCGGAGACUGCAAUAUUGACAAAUGUAGGACAGCUAUUAGAAAGGCAGGGAAAACAGUUAUUGGGUUCGAAAUACAAGGAUCCUCUAUCAUGUUUCUCAGACUUUCAGGAAUUUUCUGUUGCAAACCCGGAGGUAGCGUUAAUGUAAAAAAAGCUUUUAUGCUAUAGAUACUGAAUGCAGAUUUUACGUUAUC